AAACGUAUUGUGUAUAAGGAUAGAGUAUCAAAGGAAUCGUAUAACAGCAGCGCGUCUUCCAUUAACACUGGAAAGUACACCGGCACUCCGGACGAUGCCCUCCGCUUACGUGAUACACUGCACAUACUGAAAUUACAGAGAGAAAAAGCCGAGCUGCGCGGGAAAGAGGGCGCGGAAAGCGAAAGCGUCACCAGCAGUUUUCGGGAGCUGUCACAGGCAGAUGACGCCAACAAUCGUACAUCAUUUAUCAGCAUUAAGGAUUCUCCACUAGGGUCCAGACAGUCACCACUGAUCCAGGAGUCGCCCGAGACGAAGCGAAAAACCACAUUCCAGGAACCCAUGCUUUCAGCACGGAACUGGGAUUCUCCACUAGGGUCCAGACAGUCACCACUGAUCCAGGAGUCGCCCGAGACGAAGCGAAAAACCACAUUCCAGGAACCCAUGCUUUCAGCACGGAAAUGGAACUCGGAAGAUAACGGGAUGGCGGCGGCUACAAACAACCAUUCUGUACACAUUAUCCCCAACAUAGACCGGGAACAAACACCAGAUGAGGUGACUUUUAAUGGUACGAGGACGGUUGGAACGAGGCAAAUACACACGCAAGCAUUGGGAGCAAGAGGUGGACACCGCGAUAUUGGUCAAACGAUGAGGAAGGUUAUCGCUGGGGAAGUAAUUGAUGAGGACACCUUGAACCCAAAUGAAGUGGAACUAAGGGAACCAACCCGAACAGAAAGUGAAGUCAAAGAAAAAUCGAGAUGCAUGGCGGGAAAGUGUCUCAUGUUCAUCCUGGUCGUCGCGCUGCUGAUCGCUGCUGUUGUCGUGCUGGCCUGGAGGUACAGACGAGACGAUGACCCAACUCCCCUUGGCCAAAGUUUUCCAGAUCCAGUAGACUACGUGGAGUGUCCAUCUCGUCAGAUCGCUAUCGGGGAGCAGUUGAACUUCACCUGCAGUUUUGACACUAACCACGCCUAUAGACGCGAAUUUACCAACAUUGACGAAUUGGUUCUAGUUGAUAAAAACAAUGUCACAGUCCCUGAAUCGGAGUAUGAGCUCAAGUAUAUUCUUUACCCCGAGAACAGCCCACAGAGACUUUUGUUCCUACAACGUGGUCCAAACAUGACGUGCAGCCGGCAGGGCAAAUACCGGAUACAGCUGAAGUUGAACGGAACAAAUAUCCCACCAGAACAUGACGUCACUAUUACUGUCAAAAGUUCCGAUAUCAAAAGCGAGACGCGACAGGUUCUUCGAAAGAUGGACCCCUAUCUUGGCUGUGACAACGAAACCACACAGUUCAACUUCACGUGCACCAUAAAGGGAGACUGCUCGUACUACGAGGUGGACUUUUUUGGCAGGACGAGAACUGAGGAAAAUACCUUCAAUCAUAAGAUCGAGUGUGAGCAGUCGUAUGACGAUGCAAACGGCUCGACGCAGGAGUGCAGAGUGGUGUUUACGGAAGCGGAAGUGGACGACCACCACACCCUCGGCUGCAGGUUCACCGACACAAAAAGCAACGCCAUCAAGGAGAGCUAUCUGGAGCUGCCUGCGUGUGGACACAGCACAAACUGCACAGCUAUCGGAUCUGAAUGGACCAUCAACUGUACGAAGAAAUCUGACCACUUGCAGACCCUUGACAAAGCCGACUGUAACUAUUAUCGGUUUUCCCGCUGUUUCCGUGGCAACCGACCGAUAUUUCGGUACAACAAGACGGCCGUGUACGAGCUCGAUCAGAAAACGCUCUGUGAUGACUUUAACAAAGCUAAUUCGAAAGCAGUGUGUAGACUAGGCUGGUGCAAAGAUUACGACAUAAUAACAAAGUACGGUAAUCCAGGGACAGAGUUGUGCCCUUCUACGUUUGACGAGGCUGUGGUUGCCCCUUAUGAUGAGAAUAACCAAGCUACUUCGCCAUCGACAGCGAGUGUUAGUAGCAAAUGAUGAUAUAAGGUGGUUGUUCAAUUUAUUUAUAAAAAGUUCGUAUACAAUACGACUUUUUGGAGGAACUAAAAAGUGUUUAUAAACAAACCCAUCGCGAUAGAAACCAUCUGUUUUAGAUAAACGCUGCAAAUAUAAACACUAGAUAAUCAUUUCAUCCUGAAGUCGUUCACAGGCACCAUGAAUAUAAUGUGAUGGUGAACGUUGCACAUUUUUAAAGUUUUUUUUCGUUCGGUGUUUAUUUUCAUAAAAACGGUGUCAAUUAUAAUACUCAUUAUUGAAAAUAUUAAUGAAUACUCGUUAUCUUGGGUUGCUAAGGGGUUUAUUUGUUUCUGUGUGUUGUAUGUAACUUAUCCUGCUCAAUGUAUUGUUUCAGUUCUUUUGUUUACCUGUUAUUACAAUGAAAACAAUCAUGAAGGAAUAAACUGUUUCAAAAACCUC